AUGGCGGUGUGGGGUUCCGUAGAGCAUGUCCUGGGUUCUGCUGUGUUCCUGGGCCUGUGUGCUGCCCUGCUGGUUCUGCUGUUGUUACUGGUGACCCCCCAGCGCCGGCCCGGCUUCCCCCCCGGCCCCCCCGCACUCCCGUUGCUAGGCAACCUGCUGCACCUGAGCAUGAAGGACCCCAUGCCAGACCUGGAGAAGAUUGCCGGUCGCUACGGUAACGUGUACAGCCUGUUCCUGGGCAACAAGCCGGUGGUGAUGCUGCACGGGCUCCAGGCGGUGAGGGAGGCGCUGGUCACGCAGGCCGCAGACUUCGCAGGACGCCCUCAGGGACUCAUGCUCAACCACGUCACCGACUCCAAAGGGCUGAUCAUGGCUGACUAUGGUGCGGUGUGGAAGGAGCAUCGACGCUUCACUCUGAACUCCAUGCGGAACUUUGGGUUGGGCAAGGUCUCCAUGGAAACGAGGAUACUGGCGGAGACCGCUCACAUCUGCUCACACCUGGACAAGCUAAACGGUGCUGCAGUCGACCCUCAUGAGCUGAUCCACAGCGCUGCCUCCAACAUCAUCUGCUCGGUGCUGUUUGGGACGCGCUACGAGUACGAUGACAAGACCCUGGCCUUCUUCAUCAGCAGCUUCAAGGAGAACGCCCGCGUGGCCAACGGAGCCUGGGCCGUGAUCUACGACACUCUGCCGUUCGUGAGGCGUCUGCCGCUGCCCUUCCAGAAGGUGUUCCGGAACUACGCGGCGCUGAAGAAGAUGACGCGCGGUAUCGUCAACAAGCACAAGAUGACCCGAAUACCAGGGGAGCCCCGAGACCUGAUAGACUGCUACCUAGACGACAUGCACAAGAAGAGUGCUAUGGUGUCCAGUCUGGAUGAGGAGCGGCUGGUGAUGCUGCUGCUGGAUCUGCACUUUGCCGGGACCGACACCAGCUCCAAUACCAUACUCAGCGCACUACUGUACCUCACCACAUACAGAGACGCACAGGUGCUGUGUCAGCAGGAGAUCGACUCGGUGCUCGGCGACCGACCCCAUGUCUCCUACGACGACCGACACCAGAUGCCUUUCGUCAUGGCAACCAUCCACGAGAUCCAGCGUGUGGCCAACAUCGCCCCACUAGGGGUCUUCCAUUCCACCACCAGGGGCACCACGCUCAUGGGAUACCACAUACCACAGGGCACUAUGGUGGUGACCAAUCUGACGUCAGUGCUGUUCGAGGAGAGCCAAUGGGAGCACCCACAUGACUUUUACCCCACCCACUUCCUGGACAGCAGGGGCGAAUUUGUCAAGCCUGAAGCUUUCCUGGCCUUCUCAGCAGGUCCGCGUGUGUGUCUGGGAGAGUCUCUGGCGCGUAUGGAACUGUUCCUCAUCCUGGUGACGCUGCUGCGUAGAUUCCAGUUCGUGUGGCCGCGCGGCAGCAUGAAGCCCGACAUGAGGCCCGUGUUCGGGGGAAUACAGUCGCCCCAAGCAUACAGCCUUGAGGCACACCCACGCAGAGCCAGCCAGAGGAGAUGUAGCUAUAUUAGUAUUUGAAUACAG